AUGAGAAUAUGCAAACAAAUCGACCCAGUGAUCGACAUCGUGAUAAUUGGAUUCGGCUUGAGAAGCAAGCUUUUUGUAGAGAAAUUCCUGAGAAAAAAUGAGUUGAAAGGUAUUAAUAUAAUAGUAAUAUGUAAAGACAGUUUUGUAUUUCUAGAUAGGUACGUCCAAUGUGAGGAAGUGUGCAGGGAUAAGUACUUAGAUAUAUACAAUUAUUGUAAGGAGAGAAAUAUACUUUUUAUUAACGAAAAGGUUUAUUCUGUGAAUACAAAAAUUAGGAAUAUAGUUUUUGCUUCUGAUAGGAAUAAUUUAAAUUAUGAUUUUUUAUUAUGUGAUUUUGAUUAUAAAAGUUCUGACCUACUUAGCACUGACAUGUCUCAUAUGAACAUAUAUCCCUUCAGAAAUAAAAAUUUGUUUUUUUAUUAUGUGCAUGUUAUAUAUCUAUCUCUAAUAAAAUCAACCAAUAAAAAAGCAAAAAAAACAAGCAUUCAUUUAUACUAUCAGUGUAAAAAUACCAUUUUACAAAAUAUAUGUGUGAAGAAAUUUUUUAAUUUCUUUUCUUAUAAUGAUAAAUAUGUAGAUGACAUUUUUAAUACAUACAAAAAUGUGUAUUCAGAUUGUUAUAACACAAAUGAUGACGAUCAUCAUGGUGAUGGAAUUGACUUAGAUGAGGACGCAUCAGAAAUAGGAAAAACUGAACUUUUUACUUCCACCACUCAUCCCUCAUUUUUUCUGAAUGCACAUAUGAAAGGAAAACACACUGACAAAGAAAGAACUCUUCAAUUUUUGUUAAUCACUGACAAUAACGAAAUUGGAAAAUGCUUAUAUUCAGAGAUGCAAAAACAGCUGAUCAAAAUAAAUGCACAUGUAAAUUUUCUUUACGUUUAUGUAACUUCUUCAAAAGGUGAAAAAAUAGAUUUUUUCUGGAAAGACUACUUAAUAGUUAAGGAAGUGAAAGGGAUAAAAGCAGAAGGAGAAAAUAAAGAAAUAAAGUUUACAGAUAUUUGUGAUAAAGAAAUUUCGAUGAUAUAUGAUGAAUGUAUAAAUAUAACAAAUUUAAGAUUCCCGACAUAUAUAUCCUUACUUGGCCAUAAAUGUCCAAAUGAAGAACUCGUAAAUUCCUUUUGUCAAUAUGUAUCAGAUGAUUACCUUUAUUUACUCAAUCAAGUAAAUAACUACGAUGACUAUACAGUAUGCGAAACUGUUUAUUUAAAUAUAUAUAAUCAUAUGUAUAGGAAGAAAUACAUUAGCAUAGAACAAGUCAAUAAAUAUACACGACUCAAUGAUGCAAAUGAAGUUAAUGUAUCUUAUCUGUUACCUCCAACAUCCAACCCAUUUAACGUUAUUCUAAAUUAUUCCUAUCUGACAAUAUUAUAUAUUAUUAAAAAGAGCUAUUCUUACAUAUCUAACAACAGAUUUUUAUACAAUAAGAUACUUCUCCUAAUACAUAAAAAAAGAGAAAUUCAAAAAUAUAGGAAUUCGUACAAGACGAACAGUGGUAAGGGAAAUCCCUGCUCCACGACGAGAAACCUUUAUCUGUCUAUCUUCAGAGGAAUCACAGCUUGUUUUGAUGCCAUAAAAAGUAGUUUUAUUUCACAAGGUGAGACGAAUAACACUUCAAUUUGUACACAAAAGGAGACUCAUAGAAAUGAUGCUGCAUCUGCUUCCAAUUGCAGCGAAAGUAGUAGCACGAUAGCUAGCAGAAGCGGGAGUAACGACAAAAGCAGCAUCAUAAGUGGAAGGGGGAGAAACAGUGGGAAAGAGGAACUAGUCAUUGAUAAACAUUGCGGAUCAGGAAUGAGUAGCGGAACGAAGACUAGAACCUCCAUUCUACCAGAAUACAUGUACAAUGCGUACCAGAAGGAAUAUGAAAACAGAUUAAUUGUUAAGAAAAAAACAACUUAUCGAAUAGUUGAAGAAACUGAGUCAAACGGAAGAAGGAUGUCCAUAUAUGUUAAACAUAAGAGCAGAGAAAAAAAGGAUUCUCAAAGAUGUGCUAACCUGAAAAAGGUAAAUUUAUACAUAAAAGAAAGCAUAGAUAAAAUAAUUAACAGAAAUACAUGUGGAGGGUGUGGAUCAAAAGUUCCAUCUAACGUUCUUUCAAAUUCGUUAAAAGGAUUAGAUUUAUACAAUUCACCAAAUGUAUAUUUAGGCGUUGAAGGCUGUGAUGAUUGUUGUGUAUUUGUACAUAGUAAAUCGAAAAAGGGAGAAGAGAGUCCUGCACUUGUUCAGACAAUUGACUUUUUUAAAUCUUUCAUUGACGAUGAAUAUAUAUUAGGAGAAGUAAUUGCUAUUCAUUCUUUAUCAGAUGUAUACAGCAUGGGAGGUACUGCUAUUUGUGCACUAUGUGUGCUAAUUGUGAAGGAUAAUAUUGAGAAGAAAUUACAGCAGAGGCUGCAAAAUAUUUUAACGGGAUGUUGUCAAAAAUUGAAAGAGGAGAAAUGUGUCUUGAGUGGGGGGCAUACAUGUGCAGGGAAUGAUAAUUAUGUCGGAUUGGCUGUCACAGGCAAGGUGAAAAAAAGACAUAUGAAGCUGAGUGAGCCUGCCAAGAUGGAGGAAAAAAGCGAUAGCGAAAAAGGAGGAAGCGAAAAAGAAGGAAGCGAAAAAGGAAGCAGCCAAAAACUGUGUGCACAAGCAGAGGGAGCAGAGAAUGACCAAACAUAUUACACAUCCAUGGAUGAGGUACAAGUAAGCAAAGAACAGAAAGACUUAUUUAAGCGACAAGAAAUGCUGAGAGAGAACUACUUGUUACUACCGAAAGGAAGCAGAAAUGUAAAAGCUGGUGAUAUAAUAAUUACUACUAAAAUGUUUGGAUUUGGUUUCAUCAUGGCUGCGCACAUAUGUAAAAAGGCCAAAGCUAGGUGGAUUUACAGCUGCCUUGAUGAAAUGCUGAUUUCAAAUAGGAAAAGUGGAUUAUAUUUUUUGAAGAAUAAUGCAAAAGCUUGUACGGAUGUAACUGGGUUUGGAGUGUUAGGACAUUUGAACGAAAUGAUAAAAUGUUCGAGAAGAGAAAUUUAUUUUACAACUAAAAUGAGGAACAUGUCAAUAUAUCGCCCAUGUAACGAGCAGGAUGUAUUACACCCAGAUGUGUUAGAAGUGAAAGACAAUGUGUAUACCCAACUUGACAAAGCAGAGGAAACCAUGAAUCUUAUCGGAGCCAAGAUAAAUCUGAAGAACUUCAAAAUUGCUGAAGGAGUUCAAGAGUGCAUUGCAAAUAAUAUAUUUUCAUCCAUGUAUAAGAAAAAUCAUUAUUUGUGUAAUAACAUUAUAAACUUAGAGGAAGUCUCAUUAAAUGAAAGGUAUGGAAUUAUGUUCGACCCUCAGACAAGUGGGGGAUUGAUGGCCAUUGUGGAAAGGGAAAAGGCAAAUAAAAUUUUAAUGGAUUUAAAAAAUAUGGGAUAUCCAAAUUGUUCAGUAAUAGGAGAAAUAAUAAAUGUGCAGUACGAUAAAUUUAAAAAUAUGUCUAUAAGUAACAUUCCCUUGAAUGAUUAUUUGGAUACAACAGAUUCGAUAUAUGUCGAAUACUAA